AUGGAUUCCAUGCUUGCCCUGAGUGGUAGGACACGCCCCCGUAUUCCAGAGCUAAGGGCUAGGAUUUGCGACGAGCUCUAUCAAGCAACCGCCGGUGACUAUUUCCGAAUCAAUCUGGCCCUCGAUGAUAUCAGCAAGCGAGAGUAUAUCUCCGAUAUCAAGAAUGUCCUGGAGAAUGCAAGCAAGGGACGCACUACACAAAUCAGGAAGGAAAUCGAAGGACUCAAUCACAACUGUUCCGAGACGGAGAUUUCUGAGAUCAAUGAGAUCAUUCUCUGGAUUCGACGCUAUCGGCGACUCUUAACGCAAAGAGAGAUGACCGUGGCUCUAUAUUCGGGGGGCGGGGAAUCAUCACUUCUGACGCUAGCGGACAAGAUUAAGGAGAAAUACCCUCUUUUCAGGAUUACCAAUAAGGCCGAGGUGAUUUUCCGGGCUCCCGAAGUUGAGGAAUCCAUACCCAACAAGCGCCGUUCCUCCCCUACGCAGGAGGAGCAUGACGUCUUAGGGGCAGCAGUCUCCCCGGGCGAAAUCGCCAUGGUCAAACAUUUCCUCUCCACAGUCUGUCCACGGGAAACAUAUAACAAGUUAGACUUGGAUAGGUUCCUCGAAGACAAAAAACAGGGUCGGAGGGACCGAAUCUACAAGGACUAUCCGCACAUCGAGGAGGCCAAGAUGGCGCUCACUUGCCUGCGCCUGAUCACGGGGGAGACAGAGCAACCAAAUGGAGAUCUCUUAUCGUACGCGAGAAGCAAUUUUGCCCAACAUCUGUCUGCCGUAAAUUUGGCGCUCGUGGACAUUGAAUACAAGAAGAUGUUUGGGCCCUACCUGGUCAAACUCUUCACGAAUCACGCCUCCAUCGAUAUCGCACUGAACAAUAACGAGCUGCCUGGCCCCUCGGUAAAAGAACGCCGAAUCGGCCGUGAGUUGAUGUUCAGCGAUGCGACCGCCAAACUCAUCCUUCGCUGGCUGGGUGACACGGCGGUCAUGUUGGAAGUCGACAAUGAAGCUCGGGCUUGGAUCACCGGUCUGCUUCAUACUGAGGGCCACCGAGGAUUGCUGACGCCAGCUGCGAAGUGGAUGGCCACCCAUCUGGUGCAAGAACCCCACUUCAUACCACUCACCAAGGAUGCUUUUCUCUUUGUCGCGAGCUUCCUCGAGAAGUUUGAACCCAGUGACGAACCGCAGCAGCUCAGUUCUGUGAAACAAAUUGAACAGGUCGAGCGGUGGUGCGAGGAAGUACUGAACGUACAGAAGAAGAAUUCGUUGUGGCACACGCAAAUCGGCAGCGUUCUGCAAGUCUGCACACACAACAAGCUUGCGGAGGACCGAGCCCGGCAAGCCCUGGAAAUCGAUCCAAACGACUGGAGAGCAUCCACCCUGUUGUCCGGUCUGGUUGAGCCUCGUGAUGGGCUCACGAUCUUGAAGCCUGCCGUGCAGGCCCUUGAGUCCAGCGGCCAAUGGAAGCGAUCCUCUCUGGAGCGUGUGGGACUUGCCAAGAUGCUGUUCAUUAUUGCGGAUCUCAGCUGGCGUGAAGAGCAAAUCGAUGUCGCCAUCGAUUUCUGGACCAGGGCGGUGGAAGUCGAUUUCACUAACUACGGUCGCGUGAACAAGUGUCUAAAAUCCUAUGCCAAGCGGGAGCGAUGGUCGGACAUCAUUGCGAUUCUGCGAAAGAUACAGGAGAAAUCCACGGAGAAGCUGCAGGGUCUAUCGGAACUGAUCGCGGCAGUUGGCGGUCGAGCAUUCCCCCAUAGACCGGUUUUGCAGGCGGCCAUUCAUACGGAACAGCUGGAAUUCCUCGUGUCGGCCUAUGAGCGCUCGAUUCAACUCGUUGAAGUACGUGGGGAGCACACUACGCUAUGCAAUGUCCGGUACCACUGUGGACGAGCGGCCAACGCGCUGCAGAACGGCUCGUUCAAGGUGAUUAAGCAUUGGCGUCAGGCCCUCGAUGGCGCCGACCCCUACCUCUUGUCGACACUAAUCAGCAGUAUCGCGCCAUAUUACGUGCAAAAGGCCAAUGCGUCCGGGCCCGAUACCGAAGCCGUGUCGGCUUAUCUCAAGGAAAUUGAAACGCUUCUUCCCGAGGGCGUCCCCGAAGCCGAUGCCAACCUGCCUCCGAGAGUCUACAUUGCCCGGUAUUACUGGAGGCAAGGUAACGAGGCACAGGCGAAGCAGAUUGCUCGAAAUAUCGUGCAGCUCAGUCUGGACAUCCUCUCCGACGACGAUGAAGAGAACGACCUUCCCGCCUACAACCAGCUCCAGUCGGUAUUCCUCGCCUUUGGGGAUAUGAAAAACGCGUUGGCAACCAGGGCGCUCAUUGUAUUGAAUUUCGGCGAGAAACAACGGAUUGCUUGCGAUGGCGACUGCAACCGCUCCUGGUAUAUGUCGGAGGAGACGCAGUGGUGUCAGGAUUGCAUCCAGGCCCAUUUUGAUGAAGAGUGUAGCCAGAAGAUCGAGCAAAACGCGCUCCCAUUUUCGGUUUGUAAUAAGACCCAUCGAUCCCUGCGCGCUCCCCGGAUGGACGAGUCCUUGAAGAGCCUCCCGCGGGGCGUGGUACCGUUUGGAGAUGAGUUGAUCUCGUUUCAGAAUUGGUUGGGUCGCAUUGAGAAGGAUUAUGUUAGCCUGGAGAACUGA